AUGUCGCUGAUCCCAAGCUUCUUUGGCAACCGCCGGAGCAACAACUUAUUCGACCCGUUCUCGCUGGACUUGUGGGACCCAUUCGAGGGAUUCCCGCUCUCCGCCACUCGGGACGCGUCGGCGGUGGCGAACGCGCGCAUAGAUUGGAAGGAGACGCCUGAGGCUCACCUGUUCAAGGUUGAUGUUCCUGGCCUUAAGAAAGAGGAAGUCAAGGUCGAGGUUGAGGACGGCUCAAUUCUCCAGAUCAGUGGGGAGAGGAGCAAAGAGCAAGAGGAGAAGAACGACAAGUGGCACCGUGUCGAGAGGAGCUCCGGCAAGUUCCUCCGCCGUUUCAGGCUGCCGGAGAAUGCCAAGCUGGCGGAGGUGAAGGCGGCCAUGGAGAAUGGGGUGCUCACGGUGACUGUGCCCAAGGAGGAAGUCAAGAAACCUGAGGUUAAAGCGAUUGACAUCUCUGGCUGA